UGUAGCGGCAUUAAGGACGCCAUGCCGCAGACAGCAUUGCUUCUGUUGCUCCUAGCAGCGUUCGUGCGCUGCGCCCCAGGUGGCACAGUGCAGCAGAAGGUGUUGACACUACAGGGACGCAUAGUGAACGGCGUCGAAGCGGCACCUGCGGAGUUCCCUUAUCAGGUGUCGCUGCAGAGGAGUGGAAGUCACAUGUGUGGUGCUUCCAUCGUGAACGAGCAGUGGGCACUCACCGCAGCCCAUUGCAUCGAAGUUGCUGACGUGUACGAGGUGGUAGCUGGUACCAACAGCCUCGCAGAAGGGGGAACUAGACAUACGGUGGCAGGCCUUAGUCCUCAUCCGUAUUACGACCCUAGUGAUGCCUGGGUCAACGACAUCGCCGUAGUCAGGGUUUCGCCACCUUUUUCAAUUGAUGGCGUCACAGUGGCGCCAAUACAGCUCCCGGAACAGGGGGAGCAGGUUCCAGAUGGCGCCAACGUCACCGUCAUCGGCUGGGGAGAUCUCUGGUACCAGGGGCCGAGUCUAGAUGGACUGCGCAAAGUGGACAUACAAGUAAUAAACCAAGAGGAGUGCGAGGCAGUGUGGAAUGAGCGUGGCUACCCUGUCUACCCUACACAGAUCUGCGCUGCUCGUUUCGAGGACUUAAACUACGGUUCCUGCCACGGUGACUCAGGGGGUCCACUGCUCUACGAGGGGAAGAUUGUGGGGGUGGUGUCGUGGGGCCACGAAUGUGCAGUGCCUCCCUACCCCACAAUCUACACACGUGUCUCCAGCUAUGUAGAUUGGAUUAUCGACAGGACCAGUGAUUGAUAGCUGUAUCCCUAGCACCGUUAGACCUGUAUU